AUCCUAUUUGCGAUGAAGAGAGAGACUCGGGGAGAGAGGGAGAAACGCAGUGAGAGAGUGAGAGACGUGGGCGAGCGAGGGAGAAACGCGGGUGAGAGAGGGAGAGACGCAGCGAGAGACGGAGAGAGACGCGGCGAGAGAGAGCGAGAGAUAGAGAGCGAUAGAGAGAGGGAGAGAGAGAGAGAGAGAGAGAGAGAGAGAGAGAGAGAGAGAGAGAGAGAGAGAGAGAGAGAGAGAGAGAGAGAGAGAGGGAGAGAGAGCGAGAGAGAGAGAGAGAGAGAGAGAGAGAGAGAGAGGCGUCAGGCGCAGGUGAGAAUAGGGAGAGAGUGGCGCAGCGGGAGAGAGAGAGAGAGAGAGAGAGAGAGAGAGAGAGAGAGAGAGAGAGAGAGAGAGAGAGAGAGAGAGAGAGAGAGAGAGAGAGAGAGAGAGAAUGAGAGAGAGAGAGAGAGAGAGAGAGAGAGAGAGAGAGAGAGAGAGAGAGAGAGAGAGAGAGAGGAGGAGCGAGCAUCUCGCCAUAACACUCCCUUCCCGCCGCGCCACACUCGCUCGCCCUGGAGCACCUAGUUCCCUGAUCCUAAACGGCUUUCUGAUUAGAGAACCGUCACUCAAUCUUUCAGGCCGCUGAAUCACUCCAAACAUGAAAAAUCCUUUUGCUUCCGUUAUCUUGCCAGGCGCCUGCAAGGUUACCGCGCCUCAUCGUACAACGCCGCACCUAUCUGAGGAUGAAAUAAGUCACAUGGACGCCACUUCCAUCGUCGUGCUGCUGCCGGAUGGAUCUGUGCGACUCUACGACGCUCCAAUCCUUGUCGCCAGCGACGUCCUGCGAGAGUUCCCGCACCACAAUAUGUUUCGCUCUUCACCAAACGGAGAAUUCGCGCCGCUCCAUCCGCACCGUCGCUUGGCCUCAGGCGAGACAUAUCAUCUCACGCCCCGGCAUUCUAUCGCUACGGCCUCGCACGGUCACCGCGAGAUGAAAGACCGUGACGGUUCAUGCGUCCUGUCAUCGUCGCCCCGUGCUCCUCGCCCUCCGCUACCCCAUUCCGCCACCCGGCACGCGUGCCAUCAUCACGCCCACGACCACAGCCGUCCGAGGAUCUGUGCGACUUCUCCGCGAGCGUCGCUCGUCAAGUCGCACGACGGCGAGCCGUCGUCGAGUGACUCCGUGCGCGAGGGGUCGCCGAGGGAAUACCUGCGCCAGCCGUUCGACUCAGGCGUUUUUGCUCCGAGCCUGAGCCCCACAAGUGUUACUACGUCGCCCACGCCAAUCUCCGAUACAAGCAGCCUCGAUCGAUGGCCUCCGCGCUUUUCCGUCAAAGAAAAUGACAACGAUUCUCGACAUCACGGAAUGGCCUGGACCAAGUCCAUGCCCCAACAAGAAUGGCCAGCAGAGUCGUCCCCAACCUCCUUCCGAACGCCAGGCGCGGGCGCUUCUAUCCAAACCUCGGGCUCGGGCUCUUGGCUGCAGCAUCUCGAACCAGGCUCCACUGGCAGUGGCUCUUCGCUAGAAUCUGUUUCACGAUGGGUCGAUCCCUUCAGCGGCGUUUACAAUGUGAGCGCUUUGCAGCAGGCGCAUUUUGAAGGAGAAGGCUGUCGUGGUGGCAGGUCCGUGAAACAGAAGCAUCAAGAUGCGCUGAGCAUCGAGUCUGCCGUGGCAAGGCUAGGGGGCUCGCGGGAUCUUGAGUUGGAGAGCCCGUGGGAUGCAAGCGGGAGGGAAUGGGCAGGAAUGGUGGAAAUGCAGAGUGUAGAGUGAUCGACGAGAAGGUAGCUGGACGGCAGCACAAUGGCUUGAGCGCGUCAUGGGAGACCAUGGUGCACAAUGAGAAUGUUUCCUUCUGUUGGAAAUAUCUCAAGGACUUCAGCGUUUCUGAAGUGUAGCACCACACUCGAGGAAGAUCGUAACGAGUACGCGAGUCAACGGAGGUUACAUGAAGGGGGUGGACAAAGAACACGAAAGGACUCGAAGGGUCGCAACCGGAGGUUGCGACUGACCGUACAACAGCGCGGAUGGUAACCGAAGCGACAAUCGAGUCGCUGUGCGACUCGAUAAACCGCUCCUACGACUGUAUUCUACAACUGCUUUACUUUCCUAUUUUCUAUAUAUUGCUGUAUGCUUGCUUUCUUAAUCAA